GUUUUCCAGAUCUGGGGUGGUCAGAGCGAUACGCGCUUCGCACAACACCCCACCGUUCCGCCGGCGCGUUCGCGCCCAGCAUCUGUCAAGUUGCAAAACCUACGUUAUUCGUUGUCUUUUACAGGUUUGCCGCGCGUGAAAGGCCGUGCUUUGUCCUCUCUCUGUCACUUCCGUUUGAACCCUCGCUGACUUCGGCCACGCAUUCACCCGGCUUCGCGCGUGGGGUCGGCGCAUCCCCUCCGGUAUUUUUUGGCCGAGGCCAAGCCAAGUUCGCGCCAUGGUGAAUCGCAGUUCGGGAACGAGCCACAAAUGGCUCUUUCGCUUCUUGACAGCUGCUUUUCUUGUAGCCUGCUUCAUUGCGUCGCUGGCUCGAGAGGCAGCGGCAGCCGAUAAUGUCGAUUCGGAGGCCCCGAUCGGCAAGAACGACCCCUCCCAAGGAAGCAGCAAAGAAGAGAAUGUCUCGUCGGAGGACGACGUUGAGGUCGAAGAAAACACGACGGAGGAGCUCGGAUCCUUGGCAGAGAACAAUUGGAUGGACGUCUUUGCAGCCAUAGACGCUCUAAAGGGGAACAAACCCGCGCAGGAAGCUCCGCAAAUGCCCAGGCCACCUACCAGUGACACCAACAAGGAAACGCUCAAGCCUGCCUCCUCCCCAGCUGCGGCACAAGUUCCAGCAGAAACUACGCAGAAAAAGUCUUCACCACCAGGGGCAGAUGCAGGAGCAACUGUAGGAGCGAAUGCAAAAGGCAAGACCGCGAGUGGAGUUGGAGGAUCGAUGGGUCCUCUCCUCGAGAAGCUGGCGGCAAAACUGAACAUGGAAAGCUUCUACAGCGACGAGGAUGAAGAAGAAGAGCCCGAAGAAGAUGAGGAGGAAGCCCUUGCGGAGACUAUUAUUCAUGGGAGCAAGAAGAAAACCAUUCCUCGCGUGAGGACAGCUGUCGACGACUUGAUCGAUGAGAUUGAGAAGGAGAAGAUUCGCAAGAUUGCUAAAACGGACCGGCACUUUCAUGUGUUGUUGGAGCGGAAGAAGGAGAGCGACAAGAAGCGAGAGGCCGACUCCGUCAAGCCUCCACAGUACUUCCGAGACCUCGCACACAAAGCAGCCGAGUACCACAAAACGCUCUACCAGGAGCAGCAGAAGAGAGACGCAGGAAAAGUCCUGACGCCUGGACAGCAGCGCGCGCGUAAGCGAGCACACAGGAGAAGUCAAAAAGACAAACUGCUGGCGUGGAGACGCUCCCAAUUCGCUCAGGUCGCGUCGACACCUGCUCAGCGCCAACAGCACUUGGCUUCGACGCGACAAGAGAGCAGAGACAUAGACAAAACGAUUGAUGACGACCUCGACGAGCUCGACUGGGGCGAGAUCUUGAAACCGAGCCAGCCGGAGCAGUCCAGCAACGAGGUGCAAGAUCAGCCAACUUAAAGCAAAUGAAAACAGCGAGGAAGGGUAGCCUCAAGCACCCGCCAACGCGUCGAGAAGGCGACGCCUAAUUCCGCCUGCGAGAGGAAGCAAGACCAUGAGAGACGAAAACGUUGGCUUGUCCCUGUGUAGAGAGUCGUCGAACGCGGAGCGAAGCGGCGAAGGAAAAGGAGAGAUCACGAUCAGGACAUCUGAGGUGGCAGCAGCGCUCAAGAGGCGGGGUGAGAACGGAGCAAGUGAAGAGAGAAAUAAACCGGAUGGAGGCGCAGAGCAAGAAGGCAGCGUUGACAGAGGCACGGUGGGGGAUGGAGGAAGGCUGACUGCGGGUCAGCUGGCAAGAGCCGUGUAAAACGCGAAGCGUGCACGGAAAGGAGGUAAAACACACAGGAAACGAAUAGGUUUAGAGGCGGUCGCCGCUCGGAGAAACCAGCGCGAUCUGCAGAUAAACAGAAGGGUGGCCGGAAUGCUGAUGCUUGGACAACUACCAUUGUCUGGAUCUCGAUUUCCCGCGGCCGAGUGCACUCUACGACCUAUGCAUGCAUGCCAAAAGAUUGACUGAUUGCAGAAUAGAAAACAAAGAGACGUACAGAUUGCGCACGUUGAACAGAAUCUGUUACGCGCGGAGGGGAGGGGCAAACUGAUGUGCUUGUGUACCUUCUCCAGUUUUCGAGGUGCGAUGAAUACACACAAUACAAGGAAAGGACGCUGGCAACGGCAUACACUCUUGAAGCCGUAGAUGAUUUGAAGGAAUUUCGUCUGUGUAUCUGCACCGCUGUAGAUACAUGUUUUCGUAUGGUAUAUGUCAAGCGGAUCGUUCGAAGGUAGCACAGGUGUUUAGCAGCGGAAUGCAAAAGAUAAAUGAAGAGGCGUG